GAUCAAGAAGCGUGCUGUCAAGCCCAGCGACAUAAUGUCAGAAACCAAUCGCAACGUUUUACGCUAGCCCGAAGCUCAUACGCUGCCAGCACGCCUCGUCCGCCACCUCGCCUCGCCUCCUAGCCGCAACCCGCGGUCCCGAAACCGCUCUGCUCCGAUCUCUCUCCGAAGCGGCCGAAGCCGGCCAGAAGAAACGCGUGGUAUCCAGCCCGAAGCACGGCAACAUGCCCAACCAGGUGACGCGCGCGCGCCGGCGGCGCCUCGACAACCUGUCGCGCCUCGAGACGGACCUCGCCGAGUCGCCCGGCGCGCUGGCGGCCCUCGCGGAGACGCUCGAGCGAGGCGUGCCGAAGCGGAGUCAUCGCGGCAGUGGCAGCCACAAGAAGCCGAGCAAAGAUUUGUGGCGAACGAAAUUGUGCAGCGCCUUUGAGGCGACGGGCGCCUGCCCCGACGGCGCCCAGUGCACCUUCGCCCACGGCGCGGCGCAGCUCCGGCGCCGGUCCGCGGGCGUCUGCGCGCGCGUCUCCGACGACGCGGCGGCCGUCGGCCCGACGCGCUGGACGGUGCACGCGGGCGAGCAGGGCGGCUGGGGCGCCGGCGGCGCGCCGCCGAGCCCGCCGGCCCUCGCGCGCGUCGACUCGAGCGACCUGUCGACGGCGCUCGAGCGCGUGCGUUCCAUCACGAUCGACGAGGCGGAGCUGACGCUGUCGCCCCACGCGCGGGCCUUCUCCAUGCCGGAGCCGGCGCACGCCGUCACGCCCGACGGGUCGCCGCGCCUCGCGGGCUUCCACCGGUCGCGGCCGCCGUCGCCGCCGCCGUUCUCGCUCGCGCCGCCGGCCAAGGCCGCGCGGACGCGCGGCGACGGCCGGCUCGUGGGCACGGUGGUCCACCUGAGCCGCAAGCUCUGCGGCACCUUCGACACGGUCGACGAGGACGGCGUCGCCGUGACGCGCUUCAACGGCUGGUACGGCUUCGUCCGCCCGGACGAGUCGACGCUCCGCGACGAGGGCUUCUGCCGCGGCGACCUCUUCCUCCACCCGUCGGACGCGCCCGCGGCGUACAACCCCCAGGUCGGCGACCGCGUCUCCUUCCACCUCGGCGUCCACGACCGGCGCCUCAAGGCCGCGGACCUCCGCCCCGUCUCCGACGACUCCGACGAGGACGGCUCGGCGACGGCGUCGCGGUCCCGCCGGGACUCCUGGGACUCGCGGGACGGCUCGCCGCGCCCCGGGCCGUCCCGCUCCUGGGACGCGGAGAGCUCGCCGCGCCGCGGGCCGUCCCAGUCCUGGGACACGGACAGCCUCCAGUCCUUCGCGUAGCCAUGCCCGGGUUCGAAGAGCCCGCGCAUUGCAACGCGACGUCCUUAAGCCUACGCUCACUU